AUCUGCUCAAAACAAGUUCUUCUAUGCUUCUGGGCAGGCUAGCGAAGCAGACGACGACAAGUGGGACGAGAUCAAGCAAGAAUCCAAUAUCUUGUGCGAUAUAUUCUGUCCAACAGGACGGUGGUCCGAAUACGAAUUCAACGAAAUCAUUCAACCAUGCUUACAAUACUCUCUUCUACAAGUCACAACCUCCGACGAUCAACAGAAACUUUAUUCUAUGCAUAUUCUCGUUCAGACUUGGCUACGCGUUGUACCACAUUCAAACGGGAAACCGCCAUAUAAAAGUCUCGCGCGAAGAAUGUUACUCUCAAACGUUCAGCGGGGUUCGUCUCCUAAGAAUUUCACGAUGCAUUAUCCACUCCUACCCCACCUCAAGCCUUUCGCCGGCGAGCCCCUCGGUGUAGCUAGUGAUGAUAUUCUACUACAUCAGGUUCUAAGCGAUUCAGGAAGUUUUGGUCUAUCCAUCGUUCACCUGAACUCGUAUCUCACGAAAGCAGAUCGAAAACUGACAGAGUAUGCGCGUGAAAAACUCGAAGCGAGAUGCGACCUCAUAUGGGCAUACUUGCAACUCGGAAGCUAUCAGGAUGCAAUCGAAGUUGGCGAGGGGACAGUUGCAGCAUGCGUGACUGCCCUUGGGGAAGAGGAUCGCCUCACAUUAUUCUCGAAGAGUAAUUUGGCACAGUCAUAUUACAUGAUGGGAAAAUCUGAAGAGGCAUUCAAGGCGAAUUCAGAAGUGCUCGCUACUCGUGAAAGGGUUCUAGGGCCAGAGCACCCAGAGACGCUUGCGUCGAGAAACAAUUUGGCACUUAGCCACUAUCAAAUGGGCCAAUAUGACAAAUGCAAAAUACUCAACCAACUGAAUCUGGAUUUAGAGAAGAAGAUUCUGGGGCCAGAGCACCCGGAUACGCUUAUCUCGAUGAGCAACCUCGCGCUUGCUCUUCAGAGUUCGGGUCAUUACGAGUCGGCCAAGGUUUUGGAUGAGCAAACAUUGGAGCUGCGAAAGAAGGUGCUGGGAACGGAUCAUCCUGACACUUUAGUAUCUAUGAAUCAUCUGGCGAUGGAUCUAUACUACCUAGGUCAAUAUAGCAAGGCAGUGGAGUUAGACGAGCAAGUGUUGGAGUCAAGAAAGAGGAUAUUAGGACCUGAUCACCCUGGAACAUUUGAUUCGAUGACCAGUCUUGCUAUCGACUAUUUCAAGUUGGGACAGUGCGACAAGGCACUAGAACUUGAAGAGCAAGUUCUGGUUAUGCGAGAGAAGAAACUAGGACCAGAUCAUCCUGACACCCUUACAUCGAUGAGCAACAAAGCCGUCUACUUGUUUCAAAUGGAGAAAUUUAGGGAAGCGUUGGCUUUGGACCAACAGAUACUGGCCGUUCGGGAGGUUAAAUUGGGCGUCGAACAUUCUGAUACACUCAUGUCAAUGAAUAAUCUCGCGGGCGAUUAUCGAGCAUUAGAAGAUUAUGAUGAGGCAAGAAGUCUAGACGAGAAGAUAUUGAAAUUACGCAAGCAUACCCUAGGCCCGGAACAUCCUCAUACACUCCUCUCCAUGAGUAAUCUGGCGGUAGACUACAAUAAACUAAGGAGGAACAAGGAGGCAAGAGAACUAGGUGAACGAACACUGGCUCUUCGAACAAAGGUGCUAGGACCAGAUCACCCAGAUACGCUUCAGUCGAGGA